AUGGAUUAAUAACAAUUUGACUCUGAACUGCAGACAUACUUUCUACACAUUAAACAUGAAAUCAAAUAGGAACACAUAGAAUAUUUGAAAAAGCACCCAGAGUUAAAUUAGAUAUUAAAUGAUUUCACAAGUUAGAUUAUUUUGGAGAAACCUGAUAAUGUUUAUCAAUAUGCUAAAGAAUACUUCAGUUUCUUUAAUCAAGAAAAAGAUCUUAAGACUUGCAAGCCUUUAGUUAUUUCAGGGGCCAGUGGAGUUGGAAAAGGAACUUUAUUAUAGAUGCUUUUUAAACAAUAUCCACAAUAAUUUGUAUUUAGUGUGAGCUACACAACAAGAGCACCAAGGCCUGGUGAAGUUCAUGGAUAACACUAUUAUUUUGUUAGCAAAGAGGAGUUCUAGAAAGAAAUUGAAAAGAAGGCAUUUUUAGAAUAUAGUGAAGUGCACGGAAAUUAUUAUGGGACUCAUUUGGCUCAAGUGCAAAAAGUGAUGAAGUAAGGAUAAGUCUGUGUGAUUGAAAUAGAUGUUUAAGGUGCUGAAAAAAUUAGCAAAUCUAUGCCAAAUCAGUGUAAUUAUAUUUUCAUUAAUGCACCAUCUGUUGAGGAAUUGAGAAAGAGACUAACUGGAAGAGGAACAGAGACAGAGGAAGUCAUUGAGAAAAGAAUGAAAAAUGCACAAAAAGAGAUAGAGAAAGCACAUUAAUUAGGAUUCUAUAAUGAACUAUUAAACGAUGAUCUGCAAAAAACCUUUAAGAAACUUAUUGAUCUUCUCAAAACCUUUUAUGUUGAUCUAAAAUUAUGAAAUGAAUUAUAGAAUGUUCAAAUUAUACAAAAACAAAAUGUUUAGAA